UCCAUUUCUCAACAUAUGGCGACGAGAACUGAAACGAGUUCUCGCGAUAACUCAACGUCGAGGGGAGUGUCAAAUUCCAAGAGAGGAGAGGAGAGGGGAGCCACAGAGAGGGGCGCAAGGUUACAUUGCAAGCUCUUUGCAAAAAUGGGGGACGACCGACCUUUUGUGUGCAUUGCUUCUGGCUGUGGACAGAGGUUUACCAAUGAGGACCACUUGGCUGUACACAAACACAAGCAUGAGAUGACACUGAAAUUUGGACCAGCCAGGACUGACUCUGUCAUUAUUGCAGACCAGACACCUACUCCCACCCGCUUCUUAAAGAACUGCGAGGAAGUUGGUCUGUUCAAUGAGCUGGCCAGCUCCUUCGAACAAGACGAGGAUGACAAGAGAGCAAAGAACUCUCUCCCUGCUCCCAACUCUGUGGCUGUGGACAUGAGCAUGCAGACAGCAUCAGACGUGAAGGUGAAAGAAGAGGAACCUGUAGAGGUUGACUCCUCGGCACCAAGCAGCCCUGAUUCUUACUCUGAAGAUUCUGACAACUACACGCCUCUGGUUAAAGGAAAGGACACACCACCCAGAAGUUCCGCCCCCACCCCGACUAUUGUGCGUCCAGGUUCCCUCCAACUACACUUGGGCUUUGAUGCCCUUCAGCCCACCAUGCCGUCACCCACCUCUGUCAUCACACAGACACCACCUUCCAAUCGAACUCUGGGUUCGCCAACCAGCCACUACCCCAUGAUGAUGCUUCCUUCUGGUCAGGCAGUGCCUGUGCUCCCUGGUCCAGGACAGAUGUCCUCUGUCAUAAAUCUGGUCCGACCCAUGAGCAUGGUACCCAACAUUCCUGGAAUCCCCGGUCCUCCUCUGGGAGGCAGCAGCAGCGGCUCUAACUCCCCUUCUGGCUACAGCAUCCACUCAGAGGCCAAGAUGCGUCUGAAGGCUGCACUGUCGCAGCAGAGCCCGUCAGGAUACCAUAUGGGGAUGAUGGCCAUGGGCGGCAGCCCUAUGAUACCUCAGAGGGCAGAGCAGAGCCAGCUGCUGGUCCAACAUCCAGAUGCUCCGUCACCUGCACAACCUCAGGUAUCUCCAGCACAGCCUACAGGUGGGCGGCGGCGGCGGACGGCAGAAGAUGACCCAGAUGAACGAAGGCAGCGGUUCCUCGAGAGGAAUCGGGCCGCUGCAUCGCGCUGCAGACAGAAACGCAAAUAUUGGGUCAGCUCUCUAGAGAAGAAGGCUGAGGAGCUCUGCAACAUGAACGUCUCGCUGUCGAAUGAAGUGUCUCUGUUACGGAACGAGGUGGCUCAUUUAAAGCAGCUGCUGCUAGCCCACAAGGACUGUCCUGUGACCACCCUACAGAAGAGGACUGCCUACUUAGCCGUAGAAGAUAGCAUGAAAGACACCACAGAGCCUACAGGCUCGCCUGCCCCGGUGAUCCAGCACAGCUCUUUGGCACACAGCCCCUCUGCAGGGCACAACGGCCUGAGCUCAAGGGCAGCAGCUGAAGCCAUGGCUAUGUCUGUUCUGGCAGGAAUGGGCCAGCAGCAGAGGGCUGAGAGUGGACCCUCUCACAUUAUCAUGGCUGCACAGUCUCAAUCUGCUGCCAGAUGAUGAGCGAUGCCACCACCGCCCAGACUUGGCUCACAAUCAUCACCCAGGGAUAGAAAAGAGCAGCGGACCCAUUUUUUCAUCUUCCCCUUCGUCCUUCGCGGUGCUCCUCUGCUCUCUGACCCUCUUGUGGAGCCAUCAAGCUGUGGCCUGAAGCUCAGCAGCAGCCUUCUGAGAAUGGACUGAGACUUUUGAGAGAGAGCUUCCUGUUCACUUUGCCAUAGACUACAGGGGCUGGACUCCAACCUCCCAUCCUCGUUUCCCACUCUGUGCUUCCCCGCUUAUCUCUCCUCACUGGACUGUAGGACUGCAUCGCUCUGAGUGGAUGCCACCAUGAACUUCCCAUGUGGACACGUGCACAUCUUCUAACACACUAGGUGUUUUGCAUAAACAUUCUCGAUCAAAUCAGAUACCAAACAACACACAGGACGUUACACUGUUUUCAGCAGGGAUUUGUGCCUUGUGGUCCUCGACUUGUCGGCCAUGCACACACCCACACACGCCAUCACAGCAUACGUCCCUGAACAACCGUGGUUCCAAAAUGCAGUAGUUGUCUAGACGUCAGUGACUCGGAUCUCAAAUACUCACUCAAACCUUUUGUAAAUGGUUCCACCAUUUUUGGGUCCAUCUCAACAUGGACCUAAAAACCUUACCUCAAUUACUCCCCUUUUAUGAUAAAAUGAAUAAACUGUGUGUGUGAGAUAAGCUCUGUGCGUAUAUAUUUAUGUACAUCACAACACAGCAGUUUGCCUACUCCUGAACUGAUACGUUAAUAGCUGGGUUGUUAGCAUGUGACUAUUAGGGUGUUAUAAUGUUGACACAGCUAUGUGCAGCUAUAUACUUUUUUGUUAUUAAUUGGCACAUUGUCCCAAAUUUGUCCACAGAACCAGAACCAAAAUCCAUUGGAUUGACUUUGUAUUAUCUUGUAUGAGCAACAGUUUUUCUGACCUGAAGGGAAUUCAACCUCUCCCCUCUGCCUUACUUUCCUCUAAAACAGACAGUUUAGCUGUUUCUUGGUUUGUAAGUGGAUGCCUUUUCCAUUUUAUAUGAAACUAUUCUAGUGACUGUGUUUCUCUGUGUGGGCCCUGGACUUACUGUAACUGUUAUUUUCACACUUCUCAGGAUGGUUGCACAUCCUUGCUGCUCGUUGGAAGUGCGAUGAACCCAGUCACCUUGCGCUUUACCAAACCUAAACUAAGCCAUACUGACCACAAAUCAGAUAUCUGACUCUCCAAAGACCACCGUGUACUUGUUCUGGGGACAGGAAGUAACUAGCCUUACUGUUAUUUUGUGACUCAGAGGUCAAAGUGACAAAAUCUACAGUAUAUCCCUGCUUGUUACUUGCACUUACACUCAGUCUCACAUACAGUGUCUGAUGAUUUUGCCUUAAGAUCACAUUGGUGCCUCCAAUAACCCCCAAAAACAUGCAGAUUUGCUCUAUGGAAAAAACAAUGGAGCCUGAAAAAAAUGUAUUUGUAUCAAUUUGUCAAUUUCCUCAAAUAAAAAAUCUUAUCGAUGAGGAACAAAUGAUUUCCUCAUUGAAGAUUCCUCAAAGCCUUUAAAAUGAAUGGAUAAUGAAACCAUUAAUCUCUUUAGUGACAUAAAACGAUCCCAUACUUGCCUGUCAUCUGGUGGAGAGACACAGCAAAUACAUCUUCACUGGAAAGAAAAGCUGAUGUCUUUUGACUGUUAAUGAAUGGCUCCAGUUCUUUAUAAAUCCCACCCAGAUAUUUGACCAAGAUAUCAGUAUGUUUUUUCAUAAACACCAAGACAAGCUGUUGGCUUGCCUUGUUUUUCUUCCCGUAUGUCGUCUUUUUCUUUCCAUUUCUCUGAUAGGAUCAUAUAUUUGCCAGAUGUGAUAUUUCAAAAACAAGAUAUCUGUCCAUUAACACGAGGGCAUGUCUUUAUGCACUAAAAUAAUGCAAGUUCAUUGUUGCUUUGUAUUCCUGUUCUGUUCAUUUAAAGUUGUUGCAGUUCUCUUGCCCCAGGGGUAUCAGAUACUUUAAAAAAAAAAAUCAUGUUUCUCCUUUCUGUACUGUAUUCAUUAAUGGGAAUAUGCCCGGCAACUUUAAAACUUUUCACCUUUGACUGAAACCUUUGUCCUACAGUCCCGUGGGAGAGCCCGACAUUUUGUUGUACUUCAGAGCUGGCACUAUAUUUGGCUGGCAGUCCCUUUAUAGACGAUUGUUCAUAUGAAAUGAAAAGUCAAACUAUAUUUAGCUUUCAUGUAAUUCAUGUCCUUGGCACCUUUUCUGUCCUUUUUUCUGUUUUCUUGUGUUGUGUGCUAUUUUCAGCACUAUACAACCCUUGUCAUAACGCUUCUGAUUGUACUGAUGAAUAUAGAAACUAAUUUCUUUAACACAGAGAUUUAUUUUUUGUUUGUUUGGUUUUCUACAGAAAAAUAUCAUUAGUCCUCUUUCAAAAAGUGAUUUUGUUACAUCUGUAAAGAUGAAUUUGGUCGUGUCUCUUGACUAUCCUUAUAACUUAUUUUUUAAUUGGUCAACUAACAAUGGUCAUAACAGUCUUUUGGCAUAUUAAUAUUACCUAGAAUUGUUGUGAAAAGAGCAAUUUAUUGAAAAAUAGAACAAAGUGAAAGUUGAAUAGUAAAUUAAUGGUGUUUCACACUCCCACUGUUGGACUGAUAAUUUCAAAAAUUGUCCCUGUACUGUACAUAUCUGUACUAUAUGAAUAUAUUUACUUUUCCAUGCAUGUCCAAGUGGAAUACUAUGAACACUUACAGUGCUGCAGUUUUAAUUAAAGAAACUACAUACUUAAU